AUGACUUACCACGACAUUGACAUUCCUCUACCCGCCUUCAUCGCCAUUGAUUGGACUGGCAUGACUCUUGCUCUCAUCCCUAUCCUCUUCCGCUUCCAUCUGCGCCGACGCCAACGCCACCUCCAACCUCAAUCCUCCACUCGAAACCUCUCCGACGCCCUCGUCGUCCUCUCCUGGCUCUCCGGCAUCGUCCUCGUCAGCAUCAACACGUGGAAAAACAGCCUACGCCAGCACUACACACACCAUCCACCAUCCACACUCUACUACGGCGUGCCCCGCCCCCUCGCCGCGCACCUCCUCUACGUCUCCUGGAUCUCCCUCUUCUUCAUCUACAUCUCCCUCUGGUCCGCCAAAUUCGCGCUCCUCGCCUUCUACGCCAGCCUCCUGCGCCUGCAGGGCCGCUGGGCCCGCGUCACGCUCGCCUGCGCCACCCUCUUCGCCGCCGGCACCUUCGCCCUGCACGUGGCGCUGCUGACGCGCUGGUGCCGGCCCGUGUCCGCCAACUGGAACGUCGACGGCGAGCUGUGCAGCGCCGUGCACGACAUCCACAGCGUCACCGUCUCCACCGCCGCAAACGUCGCCACCGACCUCGCCAUCCUGUGCAUCCCGCUCUUCGCGCUCGCGUCGCUGCUGCGCCGCGACUUCGUCGUCGUCGUCCCCACCAACGUCGGCGCCAGCGCCAGCGACGGCAGCGGCAUCGGCAUCAGCCACGCCGCCGACAGCUACCACCUGCCCCAGGGGGGCUCGUCGCGGUCGCGGUCGCGGUCGCGGUGGUCGUCGUCGUCGUCGUCAUCGUCAUCAUCGUCGCUGCUGUCGAUCGGCGGGCUGGCGUUUGGCAAAGCCGAGCUCAGCGGGCUGGCGCUCGUGCUCGCCAUGGCGGCGCUGAGCAUCACGGCGGCGACGGCGCGCUUCGUCACGCUGGAGCUGGUGCGGCACGUGCCCAAGGCCAGCAUCACGCACACCAUCGACGUGUGGGCGCUGGUCGAGAUCGUGGCGAGCUUGCUGGCCGUGUGUCUGCCCAGCCUGCGGGCGUUUGUGAGGGGGAGGAGGCGCGCGGCUGCUGGGAAGCGGGGGGGUGUAAGCGGGGAUCGAUCGGGGGCGGAGAGGAGGAAGGAGAUGGUGGUGGUGGCGGCGGCGGAUGGGAGGAUGGGGGAGGGGGGAGGGAGGGGGAGUGCGGGGGUUGCUGCGGUGAUUGAGAUGGAGGAGGGCGUGAGGUUGGGUGAUGGCGGGCGGCGUCAGGGUGAUGCGGAGGGGAGUCUGAGCGUGCUGCAGGAGGGAGCGGAGACCAAGACGGUGGAUGCGAGGGGAGUGGACUCUCCGCAGUACUUGGGCGUGGUUGGAGGGGCGCGGACGGCGAACACGAGUGAAGAGAGAUUGUUGUGA